GUCCAAUGCGAACGAGGAAGAAGAUCCACCCAACACAAAAUUCCUCGCCUCUCCCCACACCACACACGGCAAAGGCCCGGUGGUGCCCGCGGGGAAGCAGCCGACCGACGCCCCCAAUGGCCGCGUCCCUCCGCUCCCCGCCGCCCGUGCCCGCCGCCACCGCCUUCCGCCGCUGCCGCGCCGCCGUCGUCGUCUGCGCCUCCUCCUCUUCCUCCUCGUCCUCGUCCUCCGCCGUGUCGUCCGCUCCCAAGGCGCGCUUCGUCGCCCGCCGCUCCGAGUCCACCUCCGUCCAGCAGCUCGCACGCCCCCUCGCGGAGUACAUGGGCCUGCCGGCGAGCCAGUACUCGGUGCUGGACGCGGAGCGCAUCGAGCGCGUCGACGAGUCCACCUUCCGCUGCUACGUCUACCGCUUCCGCUUCUUCGCGCUCGAGGUCUGCCCCGUCCUCCUCGUCCGCGUCGACGAGGAGCCCAACGGCUGCUGCAUCCGCCUCCUCUCAUGCAAGCUGGAGGGGUCACCCCUUGUGGAGGCGCAGAAUGACAAAUUCUCGGCUUCCAUGGUGAAUAGGGUUUUCUGCAACAGCAGUUCAGAGGGUUCGACGCUUCAACAACUUACAUCGGAUGCUACAAUCGAGGUUGCAAUUGACAUUCCCUUUCCAUUUCAAGCACUACCAGUUGAAGCUAUUGAAUCAAGUGGCAGGCAAGUGCUUGAGCAAUUACUCCGAGUCAUGCUUCCACGAUUUCUGAAGCAGCUUGAUAAAGACUACCAAGCUUGGGCUUCCGGCGAUUCUUCAAGGAAACCACUUGGCACUGGGGAAAUAUGAAGCUGACCAUAGGCAUAAGAUAGCUUUUCUUGUUUAAUCUAGUUGAUGUGGUCGUACAUGAUCCACUUCCUCAUGAUAGUCUGUCCUUGGAAAACUCUCGUGGUUGUAUAUUAUGAUCCCACCGUCAUAUGAUCGAUCCAUUCGCUUC